GAGAAAUGCCCGUGGAAGAAUGCUGCUCGCAGGCAGGAUGCGAAGUUAUGGAGCAACCAAGCCUGCAGCGAUGCUGAGCACAUGGCGCGGCGCAGACGUCACGCAAUGUUGGCGAGCCAGACAUGUGGAGACCUUGAGGGCGACAAUGCCGGACAUGCUUUUUACGCGCGGCGUCGGGUGUUGGACCGUGUUGUUCCGCAUCCUUUCGUGAUGGCGGUGCCGAUGCCCUUUUACACAACGCUUGAUCCAGUAGAGUCCGAUCAACGACAGGAGUGUCGGGAUUCGAUGAUCGGACGGCGUCGCUGGUCUGGUGGUUGCGAGUGCCGACGUCGAAAUUCUCCUCGCGACCUGCCCAAAGGCUGGUCCUGCCAAGGGGACAGUGUGUCCUUCACCGGGGACAAUCUGGGACGAGAAGAACUUGUUCUCUUCCCCAAGAGAUUCCCGAAUCUCUUCAGUGUGGUUGGAGAUGACGAUGCCGGAAGCUGCAAAAUCCGAGAUCACGGCAUUUGCACUACACGGAACACCCAGGUCAAGUCGCUGCAUACGCUUUUCUUCUUUGGAUUUCCACUGAAAAAUGUGAAUAAACACUGGAGCGGGCUGAAAGCCGAGACAGGCCGAAACGAGGCUUCCGAUUAUAUCAUGGAAUGGAUUUUUAACACCUACAAUGACUUGCUCGUGGGCUUGAACGACAAAGCGAAAGGUGGGGUGAUGUCGUUCGAUGCGAACAGUCUCCAAAACGGGAGCCCCCUGCUGAAGCAGUACAUCGCCUACAACAUCCCCCGAGAUGCGCGCUGGAUCACAGCAUCCAUCUUCUUCAUGCUGGGUUACAUCUCUUACACGACGGGCUCCGUAUUCCUCGGUGUCUCUAUCAUAGCGAUGAUCGUCUUCGCGUUCGGGCCGGCGCUGUUGCUCUACACCAUCGUAUUCGGGCAGAGGUACAUCGGACUGCUGCACCUCAACGGCCUCUUCAUUAUCUUGGGUGUGGGCGUGGACGACGCCUUCGUCAUUCUGGAUGCGUACGGCCAAGAGAAGGCCGAAGCUGAAGCGGAAGGACGACCCACCAACUUCAGUGCCAUCAUGUCUCCAGCAGUGCAUCAUGCCUCGAAGGCUUGUUUGUGCACCUCUUUGACAACCUUCUUUGCCUUCGCCUCGAACUCGGUCUCUGACUUCCCGUCAAUCCGGACCUUCGGCAUGUUCUGUGCAUGCCUUAUCAUAACAAACUUCGUUAUCGACUUCUCCUUCUUCCUGGCAAUCGUCUGUGCGAGCGAGCGCCUGAAGAAGCCGAAGCCCCCAACGUCCUCAGCGAUCGAGGAGGCCGAUACGCUGCGACCCAUGGAGAAGUGGUUUCAUGAUACUUUCUUCCUUUUCGUCAAGACCUUCAAGUUUCCACUGCUCGGUGUCUUCGGCGUGUGGGCCGCCGUCUGCAUGUGGACUGCCACAUACAUCACGCCUGACCCGAACAUGCCGAAAGUGUUCAUGCCGAGCGACAACUACGAACGCUUUCUGCCAACGCUGGCGAAGAGAUACGAGAAAACCUUCAACCCCUUUCGGCUGAAGGUCCGAAUCCAUCUUGGUGUCGAUGCUGAUGAACCCAUCAAUCGAGGAACUACGCCUGACUACAAUGACUGCUUCUUCAAUUGUGCCGGGCAGAAGCCAAACUAUGUUGAUCUCUUCGCCACUGCUGGUGAGCUCACGCCCGAGAAGAGAAGCAAGCAGAUGAGAAUGCAGAAUGUUGUCCAGAGGCUGUGCGAUAUGCUGGAGGAUGCUUCCGAAUGGGAUGGAGACGAGUCCCGGCUCUCCGAGCACCAACGCGAGUACCCAUUCCUUCGGGUAGCUUCUGCAGAAGAUCUUGCCGGUUUGCCUCCAGUCAAAUGUGUUUUCCGCGACUUUGAGCAUUGGAUUAUCACAAUGAACGUGGCGGCCAAACAGACCAUGGGAACUCUGGAGGGGUUUCCUUCCAGCAAAUUCUGUUGUGGUGGGGACUCACACUUCGUCCAGUUUCUGUCAUCGCCAAUGCCUCCUUCGAACAAGAUGUAUCAAUCUGGGCAGCGCAACAUGGAAUUCUUCCAGGAUGAGGUUUUCUUUGACCGUGUAGAUGGCGAACUGGUCCUCCGUGCUAUUGUCAUUGAAGUGGCAUUGAAAACGACUUGGCAGAUCCCUUACUUGGACGGAAUUGAGCUCAACCGCCACUGGGACAAGUUCAUCCAAGAAUUUGCUGCAAGAGAAGCAAAGCAGGAGAGGAUUCCGUUGUUGCCGAAGGCUAUCUUCGCUACGGACAUGUUUGCAUUCCACUGGUUCCAGGUGCAGGACGCGAUGAACGCUGAAGUCUUCGAUGGUAUCAAACUUUCUCUGUUUCUGGCCUUCCUAGUGCUUCUCGGAGCAACUCAGAACGUAGUCCUUGCUCUCAUCUCUGUCUCAUGCAUCGUCGCCAUUGUCUCCUCCGUGCUGGCCUUUGCCGUCUGCAUGGACUGGAAGACCAGCGUGUCGGAGGCGAUCAUCUAUGUGAUGGUCAUCGGCCUGUCCGUGGACUAUGUGAUCCACCUAGGCGAUGCCUACCAGGAGUGUCCCGACGAGAGCCGAGAGGACCGGGUGCAAUUCAUGGUCACCAAGAUGGGUGUGUCUGUUAUCUCCGGAGCCAUUUCUUCUGCUGGAGCUGCCAUCUUCAUGACGUUCUGCCAGAGCUUGUUUCUCGUCAAGUUUGGGAUUGUGAUUUGCUUCGUCAUCAGCGUCUCCGUGGUGACCUCUCUGGUCUUCUUUUCCGCACUUCUGCUUGUUGCUGGACCAAGCGGCGAGUUCGGCAGUUUGGGUCCCGUUCUGCUGCUCCUGAAGCCGCGGAAGCAACCUCCUGCAGAGACUGAAGAAGACACAUCGCAACCCGCGCCUGAAGAGCCGCAGAAGGUGCAACCACGGCUGUACUCCUCGGUUGUCAGAUAUCGGAAGAGUUUGGCCCGUGCCAGCAUGGCCAAUGCUGAUGCCCGAGAGCUGGCGCGGGAGUUGGGUACCCUGCCGCACAUGGAGCUGAUGCUGCUCCGCAGCUUGGUUCAUGUAAGGCAGGAAGUUGUGGCUUUUCUGAUACGAGCAGAGGCUGCAGGGACCUUCGAUAGCUGUCACCGAGCCGAGGAGCUGACAGCGGUGUCCCAAAGUCCGGGAGCACGCCAAGGUGCUGAGAUGGAGUACUCUGAGACUUCAAGGCCGGUCUCUCACGAAGAGAGCGAAGUGGUUGACCUCCGUGAUCUGCGGGAAUAA